GAAGAAGAAGAAGAAGAAGAAAAGGGAAGAAGGGUAUUGGAGAUCAAAGAUGGGAUCUGGGGGUGGAAGUUUCCUCAAGGUUGUUCUUAAGAACUUUGAUGUUCUUGCUGGGCCUGUGUUUAGUCUUCUUUAUCCUCUUUAUGCUUCAGUUAGGGCAAUUGAGACCAAGUCUAUUGAAGAUGACCGGCAAUGGCUCACAUAUUGGGUUCUCUACUCAAUGAUCACGCUGUUUGAGCUCACUUUCGUGAAACUGAUUGAGUGGAUCCCUAUCUGGUCUUAUGCAAAGCUGAUUUUCACCUGCUGGCUGGUCAUCCCAUACUUCAGUGGUGCUGCUUAUGUUUAUGAGCAUUAUCUUAGGCCGUUCUUUGUCAACCCGCAAACCAUUAACAUCUGGUAUGUCCCAGGGAAGAAGGAUUUCUUUAGUAAGCCUGAUGACAUUUUAACUGCUGCAGAGAAAUACAUUGAAGAGAAUGGAACUGAAGCAUUUGAGAAGCUCAUAAACAGGGCUGAUAAGUCCAAGAAGAGUAGCGGUCAUGCCAUGUAUGACGAGGACUACUGAUACUGACACGUAGCUCUAGUAUGUUUAUUGCCUGUGGAAGAGAAAGCAACAUGUUUGGUUCAUGGAACGUUGCUGGAUACUUCUGUGACGAAUCAUAUUACCAUGUGAAUUAUCUUAGGUUGCUGUUUUGCUUUUUUCAUGCACAAAAAAACUGUCAUGAUAGACAAUAUGACGUGUAAGUAAAAACUACUGGUUGUCUUUAAACUUUCCUUGUUUAUUCUGUUAUUUAUGCUUGUGUUGCUAAUGCUUUACUUUUGUUUAUUUUAUUAGAUUUCCUCACUGCAAAUAAUAGUAAAAAAAACAUUCCUAA